AACCCCUAACCCUGAGCGGAAGUCGCCAUUAUCACUCACCACCUGUAAUCAGACUACAGAGCAGCAGCUACAAUCACAAAAUGGGUAAGGUCCACGGAUCGUUGGCACGUGCAGGGAAAGUCAGAGGGCAAACUCCAAAAGUAGCCAAGCAAGACAAGAAGAAGAAGCCUAGAGGCCGAGCCUAUAAGCGGAUGCAGUACAACCGCCGUUUCGUCACCGCCGUUGUCGGUUUCGGCAAGAAGCGAGGACCCAACUCUUCCGAGAAGUGAGGCUGGACCUUUUAGAAUCCUGCAUUGUAGGAUUUUUGGAAGUAUGUUGAGAACAUUUCUGGCUUCAUUAGCAUUACAUUGUUCUUAGUUUGUAGCCUCUUUUUGGUUCAAGAAAACGAUGAUACUGGUAUCUGUUGAUUGAACAUUGUAUUGCUUGUAUCCGAAUCAUUCCCAUCACUAAAAAGUUGAAAUUUACUCUUCUAUC